UAGUGCUGUUACCCCACCACCAGUCAGUGAACAACCCGAGAGUAGCUAGACAUGCUGAACUGCCAGUGCACGUAGGAUUCUGCAGACAUUUCUCCUGAGUUUAUGAAAGAGCAUCGAGUUAUGACGGGGAGCAUGUUUAAAACCGAACCUGUCUUUGUUUAUUGAGUCGCAGAAAGAAAUCACGAAAUCAGAAAAUCUGUUGAAGAGCAAAGAUAGUUGCGCCAGGUGUGACAGUCAGCGUGUGGGAAUGGCAGCUCCCCGGCCGAUAAAAGGCAUCCUAAAAAACAAGAACAGCGGGACAAACGUCAAAUCCCUACCAGAAGAAGAACCGGGAGAGAGUGCCGAACAAGCUCCGGUACUCUCGGAAGAUGACGCACAGAAGAAAUCCCAGAAAUGGGACGAGAUGAACAUCCUGGCCACGUACCAUCCGGCCGACAAAGACUAUGGCCUGAUGAAGAUCGAUGAACCCAGCACCCCUUACAACAGGAUGGUGGGGGAAGACGAGGAUGAAGGGGCGCUGAGUGACUCGGAGGGCCACAGCGGACUCGCAGCUGAUGACCUGGCAUCAAAGCUGGUAGCAGCAGAGGGCUCAGAGCCUCGUUUUAUGAAGGAAGAAGAGGAAGAAGACGAUGAAGAAAGCAGCGAGGAGGAGGAAGAGGAGCUUUCUCCUGAAGAACACGCCAAAAAGACGCAUUUUCAGAUGAUGAGGAAGAUGCACUACAAUGAAGGCAUGAACAUCAAGUUGGCACGGCAGCUCAUUGCCAGCGAGCUGGAAGAAGACGAGGAUGCAGACGAAGAGAUGACGGACGACACGGAGGAGGCGAGGGAGGAGACGGAGGAGAUCAGUGUUGACCCGCCACAGGAAGCUGAUUCUCUGGAUUCGUAGACGAGGUUCCCCCCAGCCCUGUGUGUCGGCUCAAGAUCCAGACAGGCGAUGCCGCUGCUCUGUUUUUAACGCUGCGCCCAACAGCAGAAGCCGCUUCAACACUCAUGUAACAAACCUCAACAGCCAAUAACCUCCCGGUCACCUGUCUGUCCACUGUUCCUUAGAACUGUGCAAUAUAACCUUCAAACUCUCUGGCUUUUAACUCCCAGAAGCAGUACAACAAGAGAAGACUGUUGCUCCCUCCCUCCCCCCAUCUCCUGUUGCCAAGAAAUUCCCCCUCCUACCUCCUCUGGACUGUCGUCGCACUGAAGAAUAUGUGAUUCUGACCUUGAAAUGAGGAUAUAAAAAAUCAAAUAAACAGCUGCUGAAAACCAGGACUCUCUCUGCAGGCCACAGAGCCACACGUCGGCCCUGGAGGAAGCCAGGGGAAACCCCACGGUUUAACUAAAGAUAUCCGAGACAUGGCACUCAUUCUCACUUCAGACGGCUCUUAUUUUUUGUUUCACUUUGUGACCCAACACAUCUUCUUUCCACCUUCAGUACAUUUUGUGAUAAAAUCUUGACACAGUGAUGACCAGGGAGGUUUGCUUUUAUCCCUUCAUCUUACCUGGUACUUCAAGUAGGCUCUUCAUAUUGGAAUAAUAGUGUUACGGUCACUUAAGAGCUAGGUAUUAGUCUCUAAUAGCACAAUCUGACCUACAUUAUCAGAAUGCAAUUUAAAAACAUCCAAAUCUGACAUCAUCCAACCAUGUGCUGUGGCUUCUCAUGUUGACACUUGCAGUCAGCUGUUUGGCUUUUCGCUUAAGAUCAACAACAACAACACAGAUUGUAAGUAUUAUAUUGGCACGACGCUGAUUUCUGCACAGAGCUUAUUUAAAUUCUGUCUUUUCGAGCAAGAACACCACACUAAACCUUAUUUAAAAUCUGGCAAUAACACAAAAACAUGUAUACCUCUCAAUGAUCAAUUUGAAGUACAGGUUUUCUUACAAGAGAAACUUGUAUUGGUAAAAGGUUUUAACAUUUUAUUAGAUUUUUCAAAAUUAGAUAAAAGAGAAGCUGAUAAUGAACUUGUCAAGCUGAGACAGGCCCCUGAUGUUUUGAUAGUCAUAGGAUAAGUGAAAUUGGCACUUUUUAUUUCUUUAAAAUAGUAGGAGGGACAGUGUUGUGUACUGUCUGUAACCAUGUGCAGCUUUAGGCACAAGGCUCUUACGUAGAUCUGACAGAAGAAACGCUCUCUGUGUGCUCUCGCUUGAAAAUGGUUUCUAGUAUCUGAUUUCUCAUCGCGCAGGUGAGAGUAAAGCUUUUGAGGAAGGUUUAAUCUUCAGGAUUGUGUUUUAAUUUAUCACCCAAGUUCAUCACACUUGUAUUUAUUGUUGUCUGAUCUACUUAAGUGUCUUGUGAGAUGCAGCUUGGGAAUGUCAAAGGAAUCUAUCGUUUGAUGCUACUGACUUUAACAAAGCAGAUGUCGGCAGUGGAGUGAACCACUAAGGCUCAUUUGAGGUGUUUCAAGCAUUUUGUAAUGUUCAGGGUUCCUACAAGUGUCGUGAAAGUCUUAAAAAAUGUUGGUUUGGACAAAAAUAUUGGAAAAUGCAAGCAAUGGUCCUAGUGCAACCGAAAUUGCAAUUUUACGUUAUUGACGGUCAUUGACGAGUUGACUAUACAGAGAUGAAUGAUUGCCUUGAGAGAAACAUAUAUAGGAACCCUGAGUACUGUGUUGGGACCUCUUCAUUUUCUUCUGGCCCUUUAAUUCCUCAGUGAUUGAAAGUGUUGAGCUGCGUGUUAUACAAAUAUGAAAGAUCAUAGACCAUACAUAUGACUUCUGCAGACUUCUCUUUGCAGUUUAUCUUGUUCUUGUAUUUAAGUUUUAGAUGGCGAUUUGGCUCCAUGACAGAGUUUAAAGCCUCUAUCUUUUGGCCAUCGCCACCAAACAACCAGCUCUCGUCUGAGCAGUGAGUGAUCACAUGAAUAUUGCAGCAAAAGAGGAAUAUGUGUGGAAAUACAGAUUUUGAUGAUACUGUUAUAUUGUGUUCUAUGAAUGGUGAACAGAUGAAAUGAUCACUCUGUAGGUGGUUAUAACAUGUCAAAUGUGCCUCUUAUGUAUUUAUGUACAUGUGUGUAAAAAUAACAGGCUAUGCUCCGAUUUACUGUUUAUUUUCGCCUCACAUUUCCAUUGUCUUGCUUUUUCUUACUGCACCACUUCUGCCCUGUUUGGUUUGUUUUCUAAGGAUGACAGACUGUUAAGCACUGUGUGUCUGUCUCAAAAAUGACUUGGAUGUCCAGUUUGCAUGUCCUUAAUCAUCAGAUUGCGUGUAUUCUGUUUUUGUUUUUGUCUCCUAUCAUUAAACAAAUGUUGUUAGGAACUAUA